CAAUGUCAGAAAACUUAAAUUCGUCAAAAAUAAUAACUUCAAUAUUUUCAAUAUGGUUCUAACGAAAAACUUAAUAAACAUUACUGGUAUGUUCCUAACAAGAACAUUCAGUAGCCAAAGAAAGUUUGACAGGAUCAAAAGGCUGCAGCGGAAAUUUCAAGUAGACGACGGACGUCCAGUUUGGAUGAAGUCGAAAAUGGAUAAGUUUCUCUACCGAUUUACCGUAGCAAGUCUUCUCCUUGGGCUAACGUGGGGCCUUUAUACAGUUCUGUGGGAAAUUUCCUACGUGAAACGAUUCAGAAGCUAGAUGUUGAUGGUUAGUUCUAAAAUUCUAGUAUAAAUGACAGUUUUUUUGUGUAUAAAUACCUUUUGCUACAUUCAUGUAAUAAAGUUAUUGAAUGCAUAUGCUCUAAUUGUAUAAC